CAUGAGCCACUAUCGUUUUUCAAAUGCAUCAUUUCUUGGGAUAUAUCAUUCCUCACAUUCUUUUUGACUUCAGAUCAUGACACCAAGCCCACCUUCACACAGAUCUUGGUAGCCUCUUCGAUUGGUUUGAUAGUUGCUGCCACCGUGCAUUACUGUUUUCGGAAGCCAAGAGAUCAGAAAGUCGUUCCACGCCUGAGAUUAUCAAACUCAUCAGGACAUGGUCAAAAGCUAGAAAGGUUUCCACAUUAUGUAGCUAGGCAAAUGGGAUUCAGGGACAGACGAGAGUGUCCACAGCUAUGCAAGUUGGCUUCUGAGUACAUUAGGAAAUCCGAGGGAUGUGAGGACAAUAUUUAUACGUUCUUUUCAAGCCAACCUGAUGCAGAUUCACUCUUUGUGAAGCUUGUGGAGGAGUUUGAGAGAUGCAUUCUCAGUUACUUUGCAUUCCAUUGGAGCCAUGCUGAUCUUAUGAUUAGUCAGGUGUUGAGCUCUGAUCCUGAGCCUAAAAGGAAGCUGAAGCACAUUUUCAUGGCAGCAACAAGGGAACAGAGAUUUCAGAGGGUAACAAAGAACCUGAAGGUGGCUAGAGUGUUCACCACAUUAGUAGAGGAGCUGAAGGCAAUGGGAAUGAUAAUGAAUGAUGACUCGCGAUGUACCGAGGUGAUGGCUCCGGUGGCACACAGCGAUAGGAGUCCAGUCAUCCUCUUCAUGGGUGGUGGGAUGGGAGCUGGGAAGAGCACUGUGCUUCAAGAUAUUCUCAAAGAGCCAUUCUGGGUAGGAGCAGCAGGGAAUGCAGUUAUAAUUGAGGCGGACGCCUUCAAAGAAUCAGAUGUCAUCUAUAGGGCCCUUAGUUCCAGAGGUCAUGGACAUGUUGACAUGCUCCAAACUGCUGAACUGGUUCACCAAUCAUCUACUGAUGCAGCAGCAUCCCUCCUGGUGACAGCACUUAAUGAAGGGCGUGAUGUGAUCAUGGAUGGCACCCUCUCUUGGCAUCCGUUUGUUGUGCAGACAAUAACAAUGGCAAGAAAUGUCCAUCGCCGCCGUUAUCGUAUGGGUGCUGGUUACAGGGUAAAUGAAGAUGGAACUGUAAUAGAAAACUACUGGGAACAAAUUGAAGAUGAAGAACCAGAGAAAGUAGGAGGCAAAAAGAGAAAACCAUACAGGAUUGAGCUUUUUGGAAUUGUAUGUGAUGCUUAUCUGGCUGUUAUACGAGGCAUAAGGAGGGCUAUAAUGUGUAGAAGAGCUGUAAGAGUAAAUUCACAACUAAAAUCCCACAAGAGAUUUGCAAAUGCAUUCCUAACAUACUGCCAGCUGGUUGACAGUGCCAGGCUAUACUGCACCAAUGCUUUGGAAGGCCCGCCAAAGUUGAUAGGGUGGAAAGACAGAGACAGGACGUUGCUGGUUGAUCCAGAAGAAAUUGAUUGCUUAAAAAGGGUAUGUAACUUGAAUGACAAUGCCAAGUCCAUAUAUGAACUUUACAAGCACCCUAACCCAGCUUGCGAAGCUGGUUCGAUUUGGAAAGACAUAGUAUUGUCACCUUCAAGAUUGAAUGUUCAACAGGAACUGAAGUAUUGCAUUCAGAGAAUUGAGAGUAUGAAAUGAAAAAUCAAGGGUGCAGGGCCAUUACAGUUUGAAACAUCUUUGAGAACAGGGGCUGGAAAAAAAAAGUGUCAAAUGUCUAUAUUUGCAAAGAAUAUUAAUCUUUAUUGUAUUUAAUUGAUGAGCUUAUACAUAGAAAUCCAUUUAAAGACAAAGAUCAGUGUUGAGAUUUUGAAAACUGAUAAUU